CCGACUCACUCACUCACUCUCGCACACACUUUCUUCGUUGUGAUUGUCACGCACUCAACUCAUUCUGGCUCUCACUCUUGCCUGAUAAGUUGCCUCGUGUUUCUUUCUCACGUACGAUACAGAGAGCUAUCAAUUCACAGUCUCUGUGUUUGAUUUGCCUUGGUGCUUGAAUGGCGGUGGAGAGUCCUCUCCUGCUGCUGCUGCUAUUGUGGUUGUGGUGCUGUUCCUCCUCCUCGGCAUUGUCGUUGGGUUCUUCAAAAUCUGCCGCUGUUGCUGCACAUAAUGUUACUUACGACCGCCGAUCCCUCAUCAUCAAUGGCCAGAGAAAGCUUCUCCUCUCUGCUUCCAUUCAUUACCCUCGCAGCGUCCCUGCGAUGUGGCCGGGACUGGUUCAAACUGCCAAAGAAGGAGGUAUAGAUGUGAUUGAGACCUAUGUGUUUUGGAACGGCCAUGAACUUUCACCAGAUAAUUAUUAUUUUGGAGGACGGUUCGAUCUGGUAAAGUUUGUGAAGAUCGUUCAGCAAGCUGGGAUGUAUUUGAUCCUUCGAAUUGGUCCAUUUGUUGCUGCUGAAUGGAACUUUGGUGGAGUACCUGUUUGGUUGCAUUAUGUGCCUGGCACUGUCUUCCGCACUGAUAAUGAACCCUUCAAGCAUUACAUGCAGAAGUUCAUGACCUUCAUAGUGAACCUUAUGAAGCAAGAGAAGCUUUUUGCAUCACAAGGAGGUCCCAUCAUCUUGGCCCAGGUAGAAAAUGAGUACGGAGACACUGAAAGAUUUUAUGGAGAUGGGGGAAAGCCAUAUGCCAUGUGGGCUGCUAGAAUGGCUCUUUCUCAAAAUAUAGGAGUGCCUUGGAUAAUGUGCCAGCAGUAUGAUGCUCCUGAUCCCGUGAUCAAUACUUGUAAUUCAUUUUACUGCGACCAGUUCACUCCAAAUUCUCCAAACAAGCCCAAAAUGUGGACUGAGAAUUGGCCUGGAUGGUUCAAAACCUUUGGGGCCAGAGAUCCUCACAGGCCACCUGAAGAUGUUGCUUAUUCCGUUGCUCGUUUUUUCCAGAAAGGUGGCAGCUUGCAAAAUUAUUACAUGUAUCAUGGUGGGACAAAUUUUGGUCGAACUUCUGGUGGACCAUUCAUUACCACAAGUUAUGAUUACGAUGCACCUAUUGAUGAAUAUGGAUUACCUAGGCUUCCCAAGUGGGCACACCUCAAAGAACUUCAUAGGGCUAUAAAAUUGUGUGAGCAUGCAUUGCUGAACAGUGAGCCAACCCUGGUUAAGCUAGGCCCUUUACAAGAGGUUGAUGUCUACAAAGAACCGUCAGGUGCUUGUGCUGCAUUUAUUUCUAACAUGGAUGAUAAAAAUGACACGGUAAUAGAGUUUCAGAACAUGUCAUAUCACCUGCCAGCAUGGUCGGUUAGCAUUCUACCAGACUGCAAGAACGUAGUAUUUAACACUGCAAAGGUUGCAUCACAAACUUCUAAAAUUGAGAUGGUACCAAAUAAAGACUUUAAAGGUCUUCAAUGGGAAGUAUUUGUGGAGAAAGCUGGGAUCUCAGGAGAAGCUGAUUUUGUUAGAAAUGGUUUAGUUGAUCAUAUCAAUACUACAAAAGAUACUACGGAUUACCUAUGGUAUACAACAAGUAUACAUGUCGAUGAGAAUGAAGAAUUCUUGAAGAAAGGAGCCCAGCCAAUGCUUAUAGUUGAAUCAAAGGGUCACGCUCUCCAUGCUUUUGUCAAUCAGAAACUUCAAACUAGUGCAUCUGGAAAUGGGUCAGUAUCACCAUUCAAAUUUCGGACUCCCAUUUCUCUCAAGGCAGGGAACAAUGAAAUUGCCCUUUUAAGCAUGACUGUUGGCCUUCAGAAUGCAGGGCCAUUGUAUGAAUGGGUUGGAGCAGGGUUGGCAAGUGUGCAGAUUGAGGGCUUCAACAAUGGGCCAAAGGACUUGUCAACACAUGCUUGGACCUACAAGAUUGGAUUGGAAGGAGAACACCUAGGCCUCUAUAAGGCUGAUGGGUUGAACAGUGUAAAGUGGAUAUCAACUUCUGAACCACCAAAGGAACAGCCUCUUACAUGGUACAAGGUUGUUGUGGAUGCUCCAGCUGGACAUGAACCUAUUGGACUUGAUAUGAUUCAUAUGGGCAAAGGCCUAGCUUGGCUGAAUGGAGAAGAAAUUGGAAGGUACUGGCCUAGGAAAAGCUCUAAAGAUGAUGAAUGUGUACAACAAUGUGAUUACAGAGGUAAAUUUAGCCCCAACAAAUGCAGCACAGGAUGUGGAGAACCAACACAGAGAUGGUACCAUGUUCCAAGGUCUUGGUUCAAGCCAUCUGGAAAUAUUCUUGUGAUCUUUGAGGAGAAGGGAGGAGAUCCUACUAAAAUUAGAUUGUCAAAACGAAAAACCUCAGGUAUCUGUGCUUUUGUUUCAGAGGAGUACCCCUCCUGGUCUGAAUCUUUGCAAAAAGAUGAAAUUGGGGAUUACAAGAGCAAUGCAGCUGUUCAAUUAAAGUGUCCAAUAGAUACUCGCAUUUCCACUGUCAAGUUUGCUAGCCUUGGGACUCCUAAAGGGAGUUGUGGAUCCUACAGCACAGGUGACUGCCAUGACCCCAGUUCAACUUCAGUGGUUGAAAAGGUUUGUUUAAAUAAAACCGAGUGCACAAUCGAAUUAACAGAAGAGAGUUUUAGCAAGGGACUGUGUGCCGGAACACCUAAGAGGCUGGCAGUUGAAGUGGUUUGCAGCUGAGUUACCAGUUUAUUCGCCUUAGAUUCGAUCAAGCUGAGAAGGUUAAAUUGUUUAGAUGUUUAUGGAAAUUUGUUCGCUGAACUAAAUAUAUAUAUCUUGACACUGCUGUUGCUUCUCUUUUUGUCAAUUUCGGUGCCAUAAGCUUGAGAGUUGAGAGACAGCUAAUUGCUGCUGCCUGCAUUGUUGAAAUUUGAUUUUCUUUCCAAAUAAGAGAAUAGGUGCAAGAAAUAACUUACCUAGUGGAUAAAUUUAGUAUGUUUUUUCCAACUCUGGUGAAAAUCCAAUCGAAGAUAUGGCAGCUAAGUUUCAGUAUAUUGUUUGGUUGGCUGGUUUUUGUGUUC